AUGGGAGGCACCGGAGUACCCGGAGAAAACCCACGGAAAGAUGACCCCACAUCGUUUUACGUCCAAUCGAGGAAUCGACCCCCGGUCGCCUUAGCGAAGGCGAGAAUACGUUGUCAUGCAAGCUACAUCUACGACCCCAUCUCGGACUUGUGUUUUCAGCUGUGCGGCGCUUACAACUGGCCAGACGCCGUUGCAUUCUGUGCAGAAGAUGAUUCUCGGCUGGUGGUGUUUGACACACUUGAAAAGCUACAGUUUUACAAAAACUAUGUGAUUGUAACAAACGAUGGGAAAGGUCGAACAAUAGGUGGUCGCCGUGUAAACGGAGUGUGGAAGUGGGUAGAUGGAAGCCUCAUGAGUAUGUCGAAGAAGUUCUGGAGAAAAGGGGAGCCGACUGGAUCGGGGGUUUAUAUCUUAGCUUCAAUACAUCCCGGUAUGGAUGGUAUAUUUAAUGAUGUUCAUCACGCUAAUCGCCCAAUCGUAUGUGAGAAACCAUAG